GUAUAUACAUGUACCUAUGACGGAUUUCCAAUGGAAUGAUCAUAUUUACAUACACUAAUUUGUUUGCCGCCACUCUGCGUACUGUACCGCGCCUUGUGUUGUCCGGAUCCUUGCGAACAUAAAAGCCGGUGGUCUGCUGCCUAAGAUACUUCAUAGCUUUGAAAGUUUGGCCUACUAGUAAACUUAUCGAUCUGUUCAACUUAUUUCGAGGAAGAUGUUAACUGUGUUUUUCCUGAUCAUCGUAUCGACUUCUUCAUCUGAUGCCCAGUCUGUCUGCGAGCAUCCCGCCAACCUGACAGCCGACAGCGGUCAGUUCUCCAGCCCAGGCCACCCUAACAACUACCCCAUCAACACGCAGUGCUCGUGGAGGAUAACUGUGCCGGAGGGGAAGCUCGUCAGGAUCUCGUUCUUGACCUUUGACCUAGAAGACAGCUCUGGGUGUGGGUACGACUCCCUGGUUGUCCAUGAUGGCGACAGCGCGCUCGACUACAGACUUCUCAGCACCUGUGGAAGCAAUGUUCCAAGGUCCACAGUUUCCUCAACAAACACCGUCCUUGUGGUGUUUACGUCAGACGGUUCAAUCACCAAAGCCGGCUUUUCUGCUGUCUUUUCCUCCGAAGAUGCACCAGCAACCUGUGGACCAGAUGAAUUCACCUGCGCAACAGGCGGCUGUGUACACAUCAAUGCAACAUGUGAUGGUGUCAACGACUGCGGAGAUAAUAGUGACGAGUACACAUGUGGUGAGGUCCCGUGCGGCGUGACGCCCAUCCCGCCCGUGUUCCCCGCCAGUCGGAUAGUGGGGGGGUCGGAGGCGUACCCCGGCAGCUGGCCGUGGCAGGUGGACGUGCGGCACCGAGGCGGGCACAUCUGCGGCGGUGCCCUGAUCCACAGGGAGUGGGUACUCAGCGCCGCUCACUGCUUCCAGAGCAAAGAGCUGAGCAUGUACACCUUCAUCCUGGGCAAGUACCACGAGUUUGCCACGGACGCCACAGAGCAGGUCUUCAACCCCGCAGUCAUCAUCAGGCACUCUGGUUAUGACUGGCGCACUUCAGACAACGACAUCGUGUUGAUCAAGCUUGCGUCUCCGGCCACCCUGACACAGCACGUCCAGCCCGUCUGUCUCCCGCAGGCCAACCCCAAAGCCGGGCAGCUCGCCGUGGCCACAGGAUGGGGGUACACACAAGGUACAGGCGGUGCUGAUGUGUUGAAGCAGGUUCUGCUGCCGAUAGUGAAAACCAGUAAGUGUAACUCCACCUCCAUGCAUGAUGGCAGCAUCACGGAGAACAUGCUGUGUGCUGGGUACGAGGAGGGGCAGCAGGACACAUGUGAUGGAGACAGUGGCGGGCCUCUCGUGUACCCUGACGUCACCGACCAGACAUGGCGACUGGCGGGUCUGACCAGCUGGGGGAGCGUGCCGUGUGCAGCGAGCAUGCGCCCCGGGGUGUACACCCGCGUCACCAGGUACAUCCACUGGAUACACGAGAAAAUGGCAGCCUAUUGAGACCCCCACGAUGCCCACAGUCUUUCACUGAAAGUGAUCCAACUACACACUGAAUGGUUAUAAGCCCGAAUGGUCUGGAAAGAGUAACGGUUAUUCUUGGCAAAUUAGGUUACCGUUGUAUUAACAACACUGCGUAGCAAGGAUUUUUAAAACUUA